AUGUCUAUGGAUUUCAACGGUUUGGCUCAACAAUUUACUGAUUUUUACUACAAUCAAUUCGACACUGAUAGAUCUCAAUUGGGUAACUUAUACAGAGAUGAAUCGAUGUUAACUUUUGAAACUACUCAAUUGCAAGGUGCUAAAAAUAUCGUCGAAAAAUUAGUCUCUUUACCUUUCCAAAAAGUUUCCCAUAGAAUUACCACUUUAGAUGCUCAACCUGCUUCUCCAAAUGGUGACGUCUUGGUCAUGAUUACAGGUGAUCUAUUAAUUGAUGAUGAACAAAACCCACAACGUUUUUCUCAAGUUUUCCAUUUGAUCCCAGAUGGUAAUUCUUACUAUGUAUUCAAUGAUAUCUUCCGUUUGAAUUAUUCUGCUUAG